AUGUGGUUUUCCAUAUCGUGCUACCCGUCCAACACGCUAAGCCCGGCGCUGGAAGUACUUCACGUCAGCCCUCACCUCCAAGUGCCGCAAUUUUUCCACUCCCGGCGCUGCCAUUUGCCGGACUGCCAGUGCGAUGGACAGCAUUUCGUGGUGACGGGUAAAGUGCCGGAUGAUCCGGCAGAUGAGUGGACCGGUAGUCCCAGUCUUAUAGACCAACGCUGUCAAUGCAAACAAAAACGACUGGAAAAGGGGCGUCAGACUAGUGGCAGUCGAGUGGUGGUGAACAGCACCGGAGGGGUAUGGAUAUUCUGGUUGUCGAGUGCGCAGGGCUCGUAUGGCAGGCUUACGGGUGCCCUCAACUCGCAGCUAGAAGUCAGUCACUCAGUCAGUCUGCGCUACCAGUGCUCGGGUGUAGUGUGUGUACGGAUGAAAAGUGCCGCAAAUAUGAAUCCCACAGCGAUUAACGGACACAAUCACAGCCAUAAUAAGCCGGACAGUGGGGGCAGUGGUAGCAGUAAUGGCAGCUCCAGUGGUUUGUCGAAAUUAGGCUGCGCUUUGGCCACACAGUUACAACUGACCGCCGCUAAGACUAGCGGUACGUUAGCCUCACUCACACAUCGACUGUCCCGUCAGCCAAACGGCAACGGCAUCAUAGCCAUGGACGCCAAACUGGGUGGCGGUCUGUCCACACUUCCCACUAUAGCCGUACAAAAGAUACCGUUGAACCACAUGUCCCAAGAGGAACAGGACCUCAUCAUAGGAGACCAGUACCCCCUAACCAACGGCAAGGCUAACGGCCACAGCCACGGCCAUAAGCAACAGGAGUCGCACCGGAACGGCGUGAAUGGCCAUCACGUGAGAGCCAAUGGAAAGCCUAACGGUUGCGAAGCGAAUGGCGAUAAUCGCGAGAAUAACGGUCUGAUUGUCAAUAAGAGUCACCGCUUGGAUCCGUUGGGUCUGAAGCUCCCGCUGUCCCCAAAUGAAACCCUACGAUAUUACGGCUUAAGGAUGAAUGCCUACGAAAGGUCAGAAGUAAGCCAUUACCCGGAGGUCUGGUAUCUAGGACUGGAGGCCAACAAAAUCGAUGGCGACGAGAGUGCCCUACAAAACCAUGGCUACGACGACGACAAUGGGUCCUACAUUAAGUAG